AUGCCCACCGACACUGUGAGUCGCAUCUUCGCGCUGAACACCCCCGAGGCGCGUGACUUCAUCACCCCACCCACCUCCGACUUGGCGGCCGGGCGGCAGGCGCUGGAGCUGUACGUGCAUGGCCCCGACGCCGGCCCUGGCGACCAGUUCUACGUGCUGAUGCCGACGUGGGACGUCCAGCUGACGGUGACGACGCGGCGGGUGGUCUCCUUCAGCCGGCCUGGCGCGGAGUGCCGGCCCGACCCCGACUACAGCACCUACUGGUGCAGCCAGCGCUGCAUCAAUGGUCGGGCUGCCAACCGGUCUGGUUGCCAGCCCUGGGGACAGGUGGCGGACUCGCCGGCGCCGUUCUGCGCGCGCUCCUCCGAGCUGCACCAGUUCUACGUGGACUGGCUGCAGGCCGUAACGGAGCCGUGCCGGCACUGUCCGAAGCAGUGCGCUGUGACGGAGCACGACAUCUUCGUCAACGAGCAGUCGGCGUCGCGGAUGCCGCGCUACCCGCAGCGAAACAUCCGGCUCAAGAUCCGCAUCGCCAACCGCAUGGAGGUGGUGGAGGAGCAGCUGGCCUACACCGCGUCCGACCUGCUGGCCGACAUCGGCGGCAACAUCGGCCUCCUGCUCGGCUACUCCGGCUUCGCGGUGAUCGAUCUGGCCUGCCGCCUGGUGGACUGGAUGAGCGCGCGGCCGUCUGCGCGCGCCCACACCGUCAGCAAGGUGGCGUUCGUCGAGCAGUAG